AUAAAAUGUUCGCUCACCACACAUGCAGCUUCAUGUUGCAGACCGCCAACCUGCGCUGCUUCCUGGUUGAGAUUUUCUACACCGCCUGUUGCUGGAGAUGGAGAAGGAUCGGGAAAAAGUGCAGAAGAAACCCGUUCGCCUCAUAGCGGCGACAUGUAACAACAUGGGGAUGGGGAAAGACGGGACGCUGCCCUGGAGUUUACCAUCUGAAUUCCAGUACUUUUUGAACACCAUCACAAGAGUGUCGCGACCAGGUAAAAUGAAUUUGCUGAUUUGGGGGCGACUCUGCUGGAAUUCCCAUCCCGAAAAUAUAUUUCCACUGGCCAAUUCGCUGCAUGUAGUGCUCAGUAAAACAUUGAGCUCUGUCCCAGAUCAUGCCCACUUCUUGUGUCAAGACUUUGAGAGCGCUGUCCGCCUGGCUGCUCAGCCCCCCCUGUCUGGCAUAAUAGAGACCGUCUGGAUUCUUGGUGGGACGCAGGUCUAUGAGGAUGCAUUGAAGCACCCGUGGUGUGACCUUCUUUACCUGACCGAUGUCAUGGCCGACUUUGACUGUGAUGUGUUCUUUCCUGAUUUUGACAGAGAAUUAUUUAAAUUACAGGAAACAUUUCCAGAUGUGCCGAUUGAAAUUCAAGAGGAGAAUGGGAUCAGGUUCAAAUGCCAAGUUUUCAAGAAGAAGACGGAUGAUACCAUGUAGAUGGAAAAACAAUUGAAAUAAUUACAAAAAUAGAAGCCGAAAAUGUUUUUAACAAACUUAUCUUUACACUCCUUGGUGAAUCAUGUCCUGACCAAACUGUGGAGUUUUAAGACAGCAAAUAAUAUACACUGAAUUGAAAAGAAGAUAACUUUCAUCACACACUGCACAGUAAAUUUGUGCAAUUUAAUACUGUAUUUUAAUACUGCAUAAAGUACAUACAAUUAAUUAAUGAAAUGAGUUACAACACUUAAUUUGCCUAUGGAAUCAAUCAGUAUUUUACAAUUGAAUAAAACCAUUUUUCCAUAGAUUUGUAGUCUUCUUGUUUGGAUAGACUCUGGUAUUAAAAAGUUCAUCCUCUUGGCCAGAGCUGUCAACUUUUAACUCUUUAGGUCCUUGUAUUGUCCUCCCUUAAAAUCCUCCGCACCAACGAUGGAAAUGUGUGUCACUCUGCAGGUCUUUUCCCUUAACUGAUUGACACUUUGGAGAGUUACACACAUAAUUCAACUUGUGUUAAAUGUGAUUUAAACAGAUGUGGGCAAAUGUUGCAAUUUGUAAUUUAUUUUGAAUAGAACAUGUUUUAGUGCUUAUUAUUAUUAUUAUUAUUAUUAUUAUUAUUAUUAUUUCACUCAGUGUAUUCCUCUUUGAGAUCGUUUCUUCAGACACAAACAGUUGUUAUGCUUUUAAUUAAAAAUCUAUUUACAACAUGUCGACGUGAAUAAUUCCGUGUGAAUAAAACGUUCCCUUACA